ACCGGCGAGAGGACGCUGGCGGUGGUUACCAAAUGUGAUAAAGCUCCUGAAGGUCUGCUCGAGAAGGUUACUUCCGACGAUGUGAACAUUGGGCUUGGCUACGUCUGUGUGAGGAAUCGCAUCAAGGACGAGUCCUACCAGGAGGCCAGGGCUGAGGAGGCGAGACUGUUUCAGUCGGAUCCCCUUCUCUCGCAGAUCGACAAAUCCAUCGUGGGCAUACCUGUUUUGGCCAGGAGACUGGUGCAAAUCCAAGCUGCUAGUCUCGCGAGAUGCUUGCCGGACAUCGUGAAGAGCAUCAACGACAAGCUCAACCUCAACGUUUCUGAGCUCAACAAAUUGCCCCAGCAUCUAUCCUCCCCGGCGGAAGCCAUGACUGCUUUCAUGCGGAUUCUUGGGUCUGCAAAGGAAUCCCUCAAGAAAAUCCUCGUGAGAGGGGAGUUUGACGAGUACCCAGAUGACAAAUUCAUGCACUGCACCGCCCGACUGUCGGACAAGCUCAACGAGUACUCCAAGGAGCUCAAUAUGAAGCAAGAGGACUCCAAGGAGAAGUUUUUAAUGGAGGAAAUCCUAUUGCUGGAGGAAUCCAAAGGGAUUGAACUUCCCAAUUUCCUCCCUCGCACCGCUUUCCUCGCUAUAUUACAGAGAAAAGUGAAGGAAGUAUCGAUCACUCCCAUCAAAUUCGUUCAAGAGGUGUGGAAUUACGUAGAGGAGGUGGUCGUACGCGUGCUGAUGAAACAUUCAGAGAGCUACCCACAGCUUCAAUCUUGCACCAGAAGAGCAGCGCAGAAUCUGAUUGGCAAGAUGAAGGACCAAUCGAUUAACCGAGUAACAGAGAUCGUGGAAAUGGAGAAGAUAACGGAUUAUACAUGCAACCCAGAUUACAUGUCAACUUGGCGAGGGCUCAUGGCGAAACAAGAGAUCUUCAUGAAGAGCUUCAACGAUCCCUWCCAAUGUUCCUCUGUAAACAUUGAAGGGUUGGGGACUGUUGAACUGCAGCAUCUAAGAGAAUAUGGGGGGAUGGUGCAACAAGCGUACGACCUGAGAAUGAGGAUCAGAGCUUACUGGACGAUUGUGUUGCAGAGGCUGGUGGAUAGUCUGGCGCUUCAUCUGCUGUUCAGUGUGCAGAACUUGGUGAACAGAGAGAUGGAAAAGGAGAUUGUGAUGGAGCUGAUGGGGCCCYACAGUGGUGGGGUCGAACGGUUGCUUGAGGAAUCCCCUUCUGUGGCUCAGAAGCGAGACCGGCUCAACAAGAGCGUCAAGCUACUCAAAGAAUCCAAGGAGGUCGUGGCCAAGAUCAUGGACCGAAUUGCUGCUCCCAUCAACAACUCCACUGAUUAGGUCCACAGGCCCAGGCCCAUCUCUC